UGGAGCCGACCAAGCCGGUUGGCCUGGGGCUGGGACUUUCACCCCCCACCCACCCGGCUGCUAUUCAAACGCAUUUUCUGGGAGCCCACUUUAGCGUUUGGGUUUUGGUUUUUUUAUUUUUAAUUGUAAGACUCUAUACAACAGUACUUUUGCUUCAUUCAUAUUGUGCUUCAAGUGUGGAAACUAUCAAUUUGCCCUCUCUGGUCUUAUUGAUAAGAUUCACUCUUUCUCUUUGCUCUGCUAGGGUUAAAACACAUUGAGAACAUGGGUUGCGCAUUUGACUGUGGAGUUCUUUUCAUUCUGCUGAAAGACUUCAAAUCCUCUAGAAGCCAAAAUGGACACGGUAAACAGGUUAGAAUUUUACUUCUGAACGAGAUGGAAAAGCUGGAAAAGACCCUCUUCAGACUUGAACAAGGGUUUGAACUGCAGUUUCGAUUAGGCCCAACUUUACAGGGGAAAGCAGUUACUGUGCACACAAAUUACCCAUUUCCUGGAGAAACAUUUAAUCGAGAAAAGUUCCGUUCCCUGGAAUGGGAAAAUCCAUCAGAAAGAGAAGAUGAUUCUGAUAAAUACUGUAAACUUAACCUUCAGCAAGCUGGAUCAUUUCAGUAUUACUUCCUUCAAGGGAAUGAGAAAAGUGGUGGGGGUUACAUAGUCGUGGACCCCGUCUUACGUGUCGGUGCCGAUAACCGGGUGCUGCCCUUGGACUGUGUUACUCUCCAGACAUUUUUGGCGAAGUGCCUGGGGCCCUUUGACGACUGGGAAAGCCGGCUGAGGGUCGCCAAGGAGUCGGGCUACAACGUGAUUCAUUUUACCCCGCUGCAGACCCUUGGAGAAUCGAGGUCGUGCUACUCCCUUGCCGAUCAGUUGGAAUUAAAUCCCGACUUUUCAAGACCUAAUAAAAAGUACACCUGGAAUGAUGUUGGGCAGCUAGUGGAAAAAUUGAAAAAGGAAUGGAAUAUUCUUUGCAUUACCGAUGUGGUCUACAAUCAUACCGCUGCUAACAGCAAGUGGAUCCAGCAACAUCCGGAGAGUGCGUAUAACCUAGUAAAUUCUCCGCACCUGAAACCUGCCUGGGUCUUAGACAGAGCACUGUGGCACCUGUCCUGCGACGUGGCUGAGGGGAGAUACGGGGAAAGAGGGGUGCCCGCUUUGAUCGAAAACGACCACCAAAUGAACUGCAUUCGAAGAAUAAUUUGGGAGGAGGUUUUUCCAAAGAUUCGGCUCUGGGAAUUUUUCCAAGUAGACGUUGACAAAGCAGUUGAGCAAUUUAGAGGACUCCUUACACAAGGAAAUAGGAAAAUAACAACCAAGCCCGAUCCCCAGCAACACCUCAAGAUUCUUCAGGACCCCGAAUACCGGCGGCUGGGCUGUACCGUGGACAUGAACGUCGCACUGGCCACCUUCAUCCCCCAUGACCAGGGGCCAGCCGCAAUUGACGAAUGCUGCAGUUGGUUCCGGAAGAGAAUCGAGGAAUUAAAUUCAGAGAAGCAUCAGCUCAUGAACUAUCACCAGGAACAGGCGGUUAAUUGCCUUUUGGGAAACGUGUUUUAUGAGCGACUGGCUGGCCAUGGCCCCAAACUAGGACCUGUCACUAGAAAAUACCCUUUAGUUACCAGAUACUUCACGUUCCCGUUUGAGGGCAUGUCCCGCUCGGCAGAAGAGUCUCUGCUCCACGUCCCAGACAAAGCCUGCUUUCUGAUGGCGCAUAACGGCUGGGUCAUGGGAGACGACCCGCUGCGCAACUUCGCCGAGCCAGGGUCAGAAGUUUAUCUCCGGAGAGAGCUCAUCUGCUGGGGAGACAGCGUGAAGCUGCGCUACGGGAAUAAGCCGGAGGACUGCCCUUACCUGUGGGCGCACAUGAGGAAAUACACGGAGAUAACGGCGACCCAUUUCCAGGGCGUGCGGCUGGAUAACUGCCACUCCACCCCCCUGCACGUGGCCGAGUACAUGUUAGAUGCGGCAAGGAAAUUGCAACCCAACCUGUAUGUAGUGGCAGAACUGUUCACAGGAAGUGAAGACCUGGACAACAUCUUCGUGACGAGACUGGGCAUUAGCUCCUUGAUCAGAGAGGCGAUGAGCGCGCACAACAGCCACGAGGAGGGCAGGCUGGUCUACCGCUACGGGGGCGAGCCCGUGGGCUCCUUCGCGCAGCCCUGCCUGAGGCCCCUCAGGCCGGCCAUCGCCCACGCCCUGUUCAUGGACAUCACCCACGACAACGAGUGUCCCAUUGUGCACCGGUCGGCCUUCGACGCGCUGCCGAGCUCCGCCAUCGUCUCCAUGGCGUGCUGUGCCAGCGGGAGCACCCGGGGCUACGACGAGCUGGUGCCUCACCAGAUUUCAGUGGUGUCUGAAGAACGGUUCUACACUAAGUGGAACCCCGGAGCUUCCCCCUCGGACACGGGCGAUGUAAACCUCCAGAGCGGUAUUAUUGCGGCCAGGCGCGCUAUCAACACACUCCACCAGGAGCUUGGGGCCAGCGGUUUUACUCAGGUGUACGUGGACCAGGUGGAUGAGGACAUAGUGGCGGUGACAAGACACUCUCCCAGCAGCCAUCAGUCGGUGGUGGCUGUGUCUCGGACGGCUUUCAGGAACCCCAAGACGUCCUUCUACAGCAACGAGGUGCCGCAGAUGUGCAUCCCCGGCAAAAUUGAAGAAGUGGUUCUUGAAGCCAGAACUAUUGAAAGAAACACAAAGCCUUAUAAGAAGGAUGAGAAUUCAAUCAAUGGAAUGCCUACUGUCACGGUAGAAAUUAAAGAACAUAUUCAGCUUAACGAGAGUAAAAUUGUUAAACAAGCUGGAAUUACCACAAAGGGACCCAAUGAAUAUAUUCAAGAAAUAGAAUUUGAAAACUUAUCUCCAGGAAGUGUUAUUAUAUUCAGGGUUAGUCUUGACCCACAUGCACAAGUUGCUGUUGGAAUUCUUCGACAUCACCUGACACAGUUCAGUCCUCACUUUAAAUCUGGGAGCCUUGUUGUUGACAACGCAGAUCCCAUAUUAAAAAUUCCCUUUGCUUCGAUUGCCUCUCAGCUCACCUUGGCCGAGCUGAACCAGGUGCUGUACCGAUGUGAAUCCGAAGAGCGAGAGGAUGGCGGAGGGUGUUACCACAUACCCAACUGGGCGUCUCUGAAGUACGCGGGUCUCCAGGGAUUGAUGUCCGUGUUGGCAGAAAUAAGACCAAAGAACGACCUGGGGCACCCGUUUUGUGACAACCUGCGCUCCGGAGAUUGGAUGAUUGACUACGUCAGCAGCAGGCUCGUCGCCCGGUCGGGAGCCUUGGCUGAGGUCGGCAAAUGGUUGCAGGCUAUGUUCUUCUACCUGAAGCAGAUCCCCCGUUAUCUUAUCCCAUGCUACUUUGAUGCUAUAUUAAUCGGGGCCUACACCACCCUCCUGGAUGUAGCCUGGAAACAGAUGUCAAGCUUUGUUCAGGAAGGCUCCACCUUCGUGAAGCACCUCGCCCUGGGCUCGGUCCAGAUGUGCGGAGUAGGGAAGUUCCCGUCGCUGCCGCUGCUCUCCCCGUCCCUGAGGGACGUGCCCUACCGGCUCAACGAGGUCACGAAGGAAAGGGAGCAGUGCUGUGUGUCCCUGGCAGCAGGCUUACCUCAUUUUUCUUCGGGCAUUUUCCGCUGCUGGGGAAGGGACACUUUUAUCGCGCUGAGAGGCCUGCUGCUGAUUCCCGGACGCUACGUGGAGGCCAGGAAUAUCAUCUUAGCAUUCGCUGGUACCCUGAGACACGGGCUCAUUCCCAACCUCCUGGGCGAAGGGACCUACGCCAGAUACAACUGCCGGGACGCCGUGUGGUGGUGGCUGCAGUGCAUCCAGGACUACUGCCACAUGGUCCCCAACGGCCUGGACAUUCUCAAGUGCCCCGUGUCCAGAAUGUACCCCACAGACGACUCUGCCCCUUUGCCCGCCGGCGCAGUGGACCAGCCGUUGUUUGAGGUGAUCCAGGAAGCCAUGCAAAGACACGCGCAAGGCAUCCAGUUCCGGGAGAGGAACGCGGGGCCACAGAUAGACCGCAACAUGAAGGACGAAGGUUUUAAUAUAACCGCAGGAGUCGAUGAAGAAACGGGAUUUGUUUACGGAGGAAAUCGCUUUAACUGCGGCACGUGGAUGGACAAAAUGGGGGAGAGCGACAGAGCUAGAAACAGAGGCAUCCCCGCCACCCCAAGAGAUGGGUCUGCUGUGGAAAUCGUGGGCCUGAGUAAAUCUGCCAUUCGCUGGUUGCUGGAAUUAUCCAAAAAAAAUAUCUUCCCUUAUCGUGAAGUCACAGUAAAAAGACAUGGAAGGGUGGUGACAGUGUCCUAUGAUGAGUGGAACAGAAAAAUACAAGACAACUUUGAAAAGCUAUUCUACGUGUCCGAAGACCCGUCCAACGCGCACGAGAAGAACCCGCACCUGGUCCACAAGCGCGGCAUCUACAAGGACAGCUACGGCGCAUCCAGCCCCUGGUGCGACUACCAGCUGCGGCCCAACUUCCCAGUCGCGAUGGUCGUAGCCCCUGAGCUCUUUACUGCAGAGAAGGCGUGGAAGGCAUUGGAGAUGGCAGAGAAGAAAUUGCUGGGCCCCCUGGGCAUGAAAACUCUGGAUCCGGACGACAUGGUUUACUGUGGCGUUUAUGACAACGCUUUAGACAGCGACAACUACAAUCUCGCAAAAGGCUUCAAUUAUCACCAAGGACCUGAGUGGCUGUGGCCCGUGGGGUAUUUUCUUCGUGCAAAAUUGUAUUUUUCCAAAUUGAUGGGCCCAGAGGCUAAUGCAAAGACUGUGUUCCUGGUUAAAAAUGUCCUUUCUCGGCAUUACGUGCAUCUUGAGAGGUCCCCUUGGAAAGGCCUCCCAGAGCUGACCAAUGAGGACGGCCAGUACUGUCCCUUCAGCUGCGAGACCCAGGCCUGGUCGAUCGCCACCGUUCUUGAAACGCUCUAUGACUUAUAGUCGACUCGUCGCUAUUUAUUAAGUGUGCAAUCUCUUGUAUUACAGGAUGCAAGGACGUAAUAUAAUGUAAAUGCUUGAUGUGCACAGGCUCAAGUCAGACUAAAAAUCUCGUUCACGUAGUACUGAUGCACAGUUAGGUGAAGACUGGAAAAGCAUCAAUUUUUCCUUUUUUUCUCUAAUGUACAGAGCUUUUGACUUAAGUCAGAGAGAAAAUUGCCGUGACUAAUGGAAUGUUUUUCUUUCAAAAUCAGUAAUAAUUCUUCAAAUGCCUACAAACAACAAGUUUGAAAAAGAAAACACGUAAUCUUCCAUUCGUACAUAAGUGAAAAUGAAAUAUGAGGAUGUAAUAAUAGAAAAACAAGAAAAGUAUUUUUAAAUUGUGUUAUGCAUUCUCUUCAGUAACAACACAUACUGAAUAGGCUGUGGUUAAUUAAUGGUCUCACCUUUCUCUGUGUAUUUCUAGCACCUUCCACACUGCAUUCAGUAACUGGGUGCCAAGCAGUGGAAGUAUCAACCUACAAUGUAUGUUCAUAAAAGGGGCACAGAUGUUCACAUGUGCUUUUAUUUUUCACUAAUAUAUUAGUAUGUUUUAAUAUAAUAAAUACCAACAGUAUAUUUAACAUAAUUGUGUUAAUGAUGUGUAGGAUAUAUGAAAAAAACCACAAAACAUUAGGAAUUUAUUUCCUAAAAACAGUUUUAUAAAAUUAGUGUUGUUUCCAUUUCCUGCUACGAGAUGGUUUACAUUUUUAAAAUGCAAAAUGUUUGGCGUAGUUAUGAGAACUUUAAAGAAAAAAUGCUAUAUUAAUUUGCUAAAACAAUAACUAUUUUUAGUUUGUGUGUAAAGGGUAUUGAUAGGUUAUAGUAGAUUCUGGUUCCUAUUAACCAAAACCUACCACUGGCAAGUGUAGCAUUGAGAAUAAUCUUGAUAUAAUGAAAAUACAGAUAUGAAUUCAGUAGUUAUCUGUAAUUCAAUAAAAUCAUUGGAAAAGUUUUUCAUGUUAUUUUAAAAUAACUUAAAUCUGAAAAAGGCAUAAAACAAAGAAAGUUUUUAACAUUUAUGUGAUUUGACAUUUUUUAAUAGUACUUGUUUUCUAGGUAGAAUUUUUUUUUUUACUCUUUUACUGUUUUUGUCUCAAGAAAAAAAAUAGAUUAUCAUUUUAGUUGAAAGAAAGUAGUUGCAAAAGUCCCUUCAUCACUAUAUAGCAUUAUCCAAUGGUGUGUAGUUAAAAUACUGGUGUAGUAGUGUUGUGCCAGAGAUCACACACCCUACUGCCUUAAGUAUGACUAAGAAGUAAAAAUACAGAGGAAAAGGAUGCAAACAGAAAAUUCUGGGUACUAAAAAUGCACAAAUGCUUUGGAUGUGAAAUACUCAUGCCUGAAAGUGCGUGGAAAUUUACUAGGGGAUUUUUGCCUGCAUGCCCUUCUUCAAGGCUGACCCUGCUUUCGAAAGAGUUUGCAGGGGCUUAGCUUUCUGGUUUCCUGCCUAAAGCAGAUUAAGCCUUACACAUUUAAGGUCAGUUGUGAUAGUAAUCUGACUGCUAUCUAUAAGCACUUUAGUUUCCAAAUUUCUCCCCCUUCUUCAUUGCUCAGUGUACAGUACAACCUUCUCUAACCUUCCAUGAGAGAGGGGAACAUUAGUCAUCAGGGUGUAUGUGGCUUAAUUCUACUUGGACUUCAAUAUAAAAGGUGGAAGAAAAGUAACUGAAAACCAACAUAUUUAACGAAAGCAAGAAGUACUGGCUGACAGUUAAAUGUGACAAAUAAAUAAGAUAAUUAACUAAAAAUAAAUAAUGAAUUGACGAUUUCUUAAACAAAGCCACAUUGGGUUACCCAUAGCACGGCAAAUAUCCACCUCAGCGAGAACGUUGCUGUAAUCUGCACGGUCCAUUUCAAAGUUUCAGAAGGCAUGUCACACAUUAUUUCAUUAAACAUAAUUAAAAUAACGACUUCAGACUUUAGAGAGAGAAAUGUCAUUCGACUAAAAGAUGUGUACGUAGGACACCCCGUUCCUGAGUGAUGUGGGAUGAGGUGCCAUUGCGUUAGAUUUGCAGACAAUUGCACAUCAGCGUCCUCUUUAACGUGAGGAGUGUGUUUGCCAGUUUAACCAGUGCUGUGAUCGCCUGUGAAGAUUCAAAGAUGAUCGAGGAGCAGUGAGACCUGUCACAUCUAUGGACCUUAUAAGCCAUGUGGACUGUCACUCAUUUCUGAUACGUCUUCUACUGUUACUUCUACUGCCUACUUGGUAGGCAGGUGCCAUUCUUGUGUCUGCGUACCAAGACAAUAAAAAUCUUUCGCAAAGGUC